UUUUGCGUCGGAAAGUGCAAGUAUUGAGCCACGUUAAUACAACUAAAAAAAAAAACAACGGGUUGCACUCCGGGAGUGCCGGGAGAAGUGAAAACUUGAAUAUUAACGUUGUGCAUUUUUGAUAUUUUGGAAUGGUUAAGGAAUAAUUUUGCACGAAUUGCUUUAAUUAUCAGUAUAAAAAAACACGUGGUUAAAAUCACUCGGGUUCCUCCUGGGCGUCUUGUAUAUUUUGAUUUAAGUAUUUUAUUGAUACAUUUUUAUUUUAUAAAUUACCUAAUUCAAUUUGCCUGCAACGAAGUUGAAGACCGAUAGAAAUGGCUCCACCACGAGUGUUUCGUUCUUUGAAGAGAUGGUUUGACGACAGCGACGCAAAACACCCACUGGAGUUCAACUAUGUCCGACAUCUGAUCUUCUUGCUAAGCUUCAUAGGAUCUUGGCCUCACAAACAAUUCGGACGUGACCGAUUACACUUCGUUCUGUCCAUAUUCAACCUGUUCCUGAUCGUUGUGGGCAUAACCAUAUCCAUUGCGGCUGUGGGAUACAUAUGGAGUAAGAGGGAGACUAUAUCUUUCUAUGAUAUGGGACAUGUAAUUUUGUGUAUUUUGCUGGAGACUUUGUUUUUGCAAAGACUAAUGACGGGCCGAACGGAAAAGUAUGGUGAGAUUGUAAAGGAUCUCCUGCUCAAAUUUCAUCUCUUUUAUUUCCAGAGUCGAUCGCAAUACGCUUCUAAGGUGUACAAGCAGAUUCAGUUCGUCUCAAAGAUAUUCACUAUUUACGUCACCUGUCACCUUGUAACUGGAUUCACCCUGUUUUCUUUCAUGCCUUGGUACAAUAACUAUAAGAACGGAAUGUUCAGCCGUGACCGCCCACCGAAUAGGACUUUCGAACACUCCCUCUAUUUCUACUGUUUCACUGACGAAGUCUAUACAACCUUAAAGGGCUAUUGGAUUCUCUUCUCAUUCAACGUCCCCACGUCCAUCAAUACCAGCAGCGGUAUUCUCACCUUCGAUCUUCUGCUCAGCCUAAUUGUGUUCCAAAUUUUGGGACAUCUUAUGAUUAUGAAACACGAUUUGUUGAGCAUACCUCCGACUACCGAUAAAUACUCGCCAGAGGAGAAUAUGCGAGUCAAAGAGACUUUGAAAGGAAUCAUCGAUCACCACAACAUAAUUAUAAAUUUCGUCGACAAGUGCUCCGACGCGUUUAGUGAAUACCUCUUCAUGUUUUACUUGCUCAUGCAACUCCUUACCAUCGUGGUGACGGUGGAUUUGUCCACCUUCACUGCGGACGCGUUGGCCAAAUACGGACCUCUGACGAUCGCUAUAUAUCAACCGCUGAUCCAGAUAUCGAUUCUUUUCGAAAUGAUAAGCACACAAAGCGAGAAACUUGUUGAUGCCAUAUACGAGAUUCCGUGGGAGUGCAUGGAUACGAGUAACCGCAGGACGGUGAUGUUCUUUCUGCUUCGUGCGCAAACGCCGGUGACGCUGAAGGCCGCCAAGAUGGUGCCCGUUGGCGUAAUGACUAUGACCGCUGUACUGAAGACAACAUUCUCCUAUUACAUGUUAUUGAACGCCGUAGCUGAAUCUGCUGAGCAGUAGAUGGGUCUGCUUAUAAUCUACAGAUUACCAAGUAGUUUCGGUUUCGGCAGGUUUCUUCAAGUAUCGGCCGAAGGUUCGGUUUCGGCCAAAAACUGCCGAAACUUUCGGAAAAUUGUAUGUUUUCGCUUGGCCCAAACGGCCGGCGCGUCGCUGCACGCGAUCCAAACAAAUAAAUAUUAUAUUUCUUUACAUGUUUUACAAAAAGGCUUUUUCUGGCUUCUGCCAGACGUCAGAAAAUGUCUUCACCACACCAGCUGGUAAAGACUCUCGUGAUGAAAGUUGCAUUUUAUCCACAUGUGUGGCAAAGUAAUCUAAUGCAAAUUUUGGUUUGUUUCCUUAUGUUAGCUGGUAGAGUUGACUAUCAAAUGAUGAUUUUUUGCAUGUUAAACAUUUAAUAACGUUGGGUUUGUUUUUUUUUUUAUAUUUUACGAUUAGAAUUUUUCUCGCGUUGGUGUGGUGUUUUUUUUUUAGUUUCGCUGGGUGGCAAAUUUUGUUUAACCCACGUGCCUUGAUACUCUCGCAACGAUCGUGGCUCAGUAUUGGAAUCUUUCGCUUGCUCGGGUAUCAACGUUGACACGAGCAGUUAAACAACAACUUUGCCCCCUUUUAAAACAAAUAACUAUACUUUCGAUGCCUCGGCAACGAUAUAUGUACUCGUACUAUAACUGCACAAGUUCCAAACGCACUAACCAAUGUAACUGCAAUUCUCUAAUUUUCUUUAUAUAUAUUUCUGUGUAUUAAAUUUAUCUCCAAAUUAAUGUUAUCAUUAUUUACUACGCUGUACAUUCUCGGACUUUAAUCGUUGAGCCAAUUAGCGUUUUCUUUACAUUGGUCAUUUCAUACCGUUAGUAUUGAGAGCCAUACUGUUAGUAUUGAGAGUCAUACCGUUAGUAAAGACAGUCACACAGUUAGUAUCGAGAGUCAUACCGUUAGUAUUGACGGUCAUUCC